AAGUAACCAAGUAACUGCCACGAGCAAUACGCGGUAUUCAGAGCAUGCUCCAAGUGAAGAUAACGAGCUGGCACGUGCAAGAAAUGUAUAUUACACUGUACGAGCUGAUCGGUUCGAAUCAAUGGAGUAAAGAACAAUCAUAGAGCGCGAUUUGUGCAAUGUAUUACUUGUAAUAAUAGAGCUUCGGGCACUGCGCAGUGUUAAUCUACAGCACAAUGCAAAUGUCAGCGAAGAUUGUGCGAGUUAAGUUGUGUAGUUAUCAAAAUAUAUAUGUCGUGAAUACAGACAGAUUUAAUUCUUAUAUAAUUUGCUCACUUCAUCAUAUUGACGUUAAUCGAUUUAACAACGUGCAAGACAAUCUUCGCUCAAUGGAAAGCCGACAUCGCACCUACGAGUUUUUGUAGCUCUGCGCACCCUUCGGAGACUGCUAAAGACGUCAAAAUAUGCAGUGCAAAAGACCCAAAUUUGGACACGUGUUUCACCAACUCGGCAAAUCUCAUGAUAAAACAUCUCGUUAAAGGCUCCCGCAAACUGAACGUUGUUCCUUUGGAUCCCCUUUACAUUCCAUUAAUGUCUCUCCAAAGGAAUAACAACCUUCUACCAACAUUGGCUUUCAAUUUAACCGACUCAGUUCAUGAAGGCUGGAAGGACGCUGUUGUGUUACAUUCCAAGGCCAAUCCCAAAGAAAGAAAAUUCAAGCUGGUCAUCAACAUUCCUCGUUACCGCUUCAGUGGCCCAUACGACGUAACAGGGAGUAUCAUUGGAAUUCCAUUAGAAGGCUCUGGAGACAUGAACUGCACUUUCUAUAAUAUGACCAAUGAUAUUUUGAUGCGAGGUCAUCUGGAAGAACGUUUUGCACAAGAGUACUUCGUAAUCGAUGAUUUCCAUCAGAAAACGCACGUCGACAAGAUGACAGUAUAUUUGGGUAAUCUCUUCAAUGAUCCCAAGCUAACUGAAGCUACUAACAAGCUCCUGAACGAAAAUAACCGAGCUGUCAUAGACGAAGCCAGCGAUGUCUUAAACGAGGUGUGGGGUGCGGUGCAUGCUGGCCUCAUGCAGAGAAUCUUCAGGCGUGUACCUUACAGGGUCAUGUUCCCUGGUAUACUUUUGGAAGCGGAUAAUGCUAACGAUAAGAAACAUAUUGUAUCACAUAGAAGAAAAUAUUCCAUAGAAACCAGUCCGAAAGAGACGUUUAUUGAAUUGAUUGUAAAUAAAACACAUUUUUCUUUAUUAUUUAAGUAUUUAUUUUCCCACUCCUUAUUGAAAUAUUUGGAAAUA